AUGUUCUCAUCAUCAAACCGCACACGGUACCAGGAAGGCAGCUUCUCGAAACAUCGAGCAAGCAAGUCGAAGUCGUCCAAGAAGAACCCUUCCUUCAAGGAUUCGCCCAGAAGAGUAGAGAAAUUAGCACAACAAGCGCAGGCAUCCUCAGCGCAACCUAGUCCGACAUCGCCGUCGCUUGGGAGUGCAAUUGUCACCAUAUCCGUCGGCCGCGAACAACGCCUCUUCGCCGCCCACGAAGACGUCCUCUCCCACUCGCCCUGGUUCCAAUCCCUCUGCUCGGGCCAAUUCUUCCAAACAACCAACAAGCGCAUCGACCUCCCCGACGAAGAACCCGAAGUCUUCUCCUCCAUCCUCGAGUACCUCUACAAAGGCGACUACUACCCCCGCGUCGAGUACGACAAGAAGCGCAACAGCUGGAACCUCGAAGACGCCGGCGCCGGCGCCAACAAUCCCCACGAAGCCGUCAUCCAGUCCUCUGUCGGCCCCAUCUUGAAAGACACCAUCAUCUAUUGCCAGGCAGACAAGUACGGGCUCCAGGAACUCAAGAAGUUGGCGCUGAAGAAGCAAGGAUUGCAAUCUGGCAUCCAGUGCUCGACCAUCCUUACGUCGGCGCGGUAUGCGUAUGCGAAUACGCCUGACAACGAUUCCAAGCUGCGUGCCCACUAUCUUGCGCUUAUCAUCCGGGCACGCCACACGUUCAAGCGCAGUGGCACUAUGCAGAAUGAGAUGGAGAGUGGUGGCAAGCUCUUCUUCGAUCUGUUCGUCGCCAUGGUCAAUCACAUGGAUGAUUUGUCUGCCAAGCCCGCGUACUAG